CGGAAGAACUGCAGCAGUGACGUUUUUCUCACUGGCGGCUAUGAAGUUUCGAGCGAAAAUUGUGGAUGUCGGUUGUUUGAAUCAUUUUACUCGUAUAGUGAAUACAAUCUCGAAGCUCACAAAAACAUGUAUUUUAAGACUUAGUUCUGACAAGCUUUUCUUCAUCCUCUCUGACAAAGUUGCUAGUGGAGGUGUUGCUAUGUGGUGUCAGCUAUUUCAGGGCAAUUUUUUUGAUGAAUUCCAGAUUGAAGGUGUGUCAGCAGAGUAUAAUGAAAUUUAUCUGGAACUAACACCUGAAAACCUCUCAAGGUCAUUGAAAACCUCCCAGAAUGCAAAAACUGUGAAAAUAAAACUGACCAUGAAGCAUUGUCCAUGCAUUACCAUUGCCGUGGAACUGCCAUCACUUUCUCACCACAGUCGCAUUGUUACACAUGACAUUCCUGUUAGCAUUAUCCCCAGAAAGCUUUGGAAUGAUUUUGAAGAACCCAGUGUUCCAGAUUUUGAUGUCAGUAUUUAUCUCCCAGUACUGAAGACCAUGAAGAGUGUUGUGGAAAGAAUGAAGAAUCUUUCUAACCAUAUUGUCAUUGAAGCCAAUCAGAAUGGAGAAAUGAAUUUGAAAAUUGACACUGAUUUGGUGUCUGUCACAACACAUUUUAAGGAACUUGGGAAUCCUCCUUGGGUUGAAGAAGAAACCCAAUCUUAUUCUUUCGAAAGAAGAGAUUCAACAAAUAUGUCUAAAGCAAAGAUUGAUAUCAAGAGGCUUCUACAGUUUCUUGCUGGGCAACAGGUCAAUCCAAGCAAGGCUAUAUGUAAUAUAGUGAAUAAAAAAGUUAUUCAUUUUGUUUUGCUACACGACGAUGUUUCUCUUCAGUACUUUAUACCUGCUCUUGCAUAAGAAGAUAGCUAUCGACAUUUAACUACAUUGUAGGCUCUUGUGGAAUUAUCACACUUUCUUGAAAAGACUGAGCAACCUUGGAAAGAAGAUGACUCCUCUAGCUGAGAAUUAGUGCAAGUGUUUUAAUUUUUACAAGAAAUUUGUAGGCUUUAAAACUUGGAAAAAUUAUUGCAAGAUGAAAACAAAGCCUGACAGCAUUUCAGACUCAGCAAGAUAAAUAUCUCUCUUCGGCAAAUGAGAACAUUGUGUCAUUGACUAUAGUUGUUCAAAAGCUUCUUAAUUUAAAUAAGUGUAUAUUCAACUCAACUGUUUAUCAUAUUGUUAUAUAUUUUUGCCAGAGUAAAAGAAUCACAUUUUUUUAACAACUUAAGAUCUACUUUUCCUCUGUGCUCACGUUUCCUUCCUGAAUAACCAAGGGAUGUGCCUACUCUAAUAAGUAUCUGCGAUGUGUUUAAUGUUUCUCCAACGGAUAACUUUAACAAAAACUAUUGGUACUUGUAUCGUUAUUUCUGCACUGUUGUUUUGGCCUGACAGUUCCUUUUUUCAUCUUCCUUGUUUUCAUGUACACUGAUAGUUUUGGUUUUCUAACCACUCAUUCAGCAAUAAAGGUAUUGCUAAAUUAGAAGAGAUAAUUUUCCAGUUUUCUUCUCAUACAUCCUAGCUCCAGGACAUGACUAUUAACAAUUUCUCAGAGUGGUGGCCAAGCCAUCAAUGACCUUCCUUCCAUCAUAAGGUGGAGUGUGGGAGUGUUAACCAUUGAUUGCAUCAUGUUCAAUUCCAUUCAAAGCUCCUCAGCAAACGAAGCUGAUCAUGCCUAUCUUCAGCAGGACCUAAAACGGGAUUCAGACAUAGGCUGAUGUUAAGGAAUAAGCCACAUUUUGCCAUAACUCUGCCGGACAAUGACCAUCUCUAACCUCUGCCUGAUGUUCAAUUACAUUACUUUCACAAAGUUACCAUCAUCAAUAUUCUGAUCAUCAUCAGUAAACAACUGGAACACCCACAUAAUAAAUACAAUGGCCACUUAAUAAAUACGAUGGCCACAUAAUAAAUACGAUAACUGCAUGAGGAGUUUAGUUAUCUAGAGGGAAAUGACUUGCUCCUGACACCUUAAGGCCUUUCCACCAUCUACGGGGCACUUUCAAUUUACCCAUAUGAGUGCAACUCCAACAACUCGGGAAGCUAAAAACAAUCAAGGAAAAGUGGUCUGAGUGAUUGGCAUUUCAUCAAUCACUCGAAACAAUCACUACUGCAGACGUACCAUCUCAUAUUCUGAGAGCACCUCAAAAACUAACAACAUGAAUCAUCAAGAGAAACAGGGCAGCAUGAUUCAAAUGAACGAUGACGGUGGGACGAUUAGAAAGUUUAGUGGAUAUUGAGUAAGGUUGUCAAAUGGAUACCGCGGGAUACAGAUUAGCUGGAAAUAUGGAUGGAGGUGAGGAAGACUUGGCAGGUGAAACUUAAUCUGACAAGUAUAAGGUAUUUCAUCUUGGAGGUCAAAUGUAAGAGGAAAGUACAUGGUAAAUGGCAAGUCCCUAAGGAGUAUUGUAAUAUAAUUAGUAUGCAAGUCCACAGUUCCCUGUAAAAGGCAACAUAAAUGGAUAGGGUGACAAGGAAGGUAUACGUAACCAGGUGACCAUCGAAUCUUAUUCAUUAUCGUUAGAAGUGUACUUAGGCAUCCAUCCAGGUAGUGCUAUAAUAGUUGUCUGUGCCUUUAAGUGGAGAUGGUGAUGUCAUUACGCAUGCACUGGAUAGUGGGGAGGCCAUUUUUGUUUUCUGCAGAAGAAGCUGGUGGGGCUUUGGGAUUAAGUUCCUCCCAGAGAUACUGGGCAUGGUGAGGAAAGGUGAGUAUUAAUUGACGAUAUCCAUGUGAAUCCGUUUAUGCUUGUUGGCGAAUCAAGAAUAUGGUAAUUUGACAUGUUUUACAUGUGGAUGCUUUAGACUUUCACGAGUGAAGGCAUCGGCGCUGGACAGCGUGGCUUGUGCAAAGUUCCUUACCGGCCAAGUAGGUCAAUCUUCCUGUAAUUUAACUACCAGGCAAUAUCUUGUAAAAGUUGUGCCACAGUGUACCUUUUGUCUAACUUUAUUGUAUCAUGACUGAUUGUGAAUGUAACAGCGUAACAUGAAUGUUUAGUCUGUGUUUGGAAGCUUAGCACGUGUGUACUAGAAAGGAGUAGACGUCUUAGAUGAGAUGUAUCGGCUUACAUUUUCGCUGCUAUGUAUAAGGUACAGGGUUGGUCGGAUUCUAAUGUUGCUUGUAUUGUGUUCCUUCAGAAUUGCCACUACCGUAUUAGUUUUGUGCGGUUUGCUUUAUGUAUUUUCAUACUGCAUAUGCAAUUCGUCGAAACACAGGGGUGUGGAUCGGAAGUUAAACUGAGAUUGUAACGGCAGGAACUGGUUGUAAGUUCGUUUGUUUUGUUUUGAGACCCUCUUCCAGCACUAAAAC